AUGAACAAGUUGGCUUGGUUUAUCGAUUAUUUGGUCAAUCUUCCAGAAACUCAAAUUAUUAAAAAAUUUGUUGUUGAUCCAUUGCGUGAAAGUAACAUUGUAGAAUCGACUGCUAUUUUGAAUAAUUUGCAUUCGAUCGUUUAUAUUUCAUUAUUUUAUCAUUUAUGUUUUGUAAUCGGUACAUAUAUAAUUUUCCCUCCUAUGGUCAGCUACUUUAACAGACCAAAGGGUAAAGGGAGAAAAAACCUGGCUGCCCAAUCUUCAGUUCAUUUAGUUUCAUUUAUUCAAAGUAUUGUUGUUUUAUACCUAUCAAUAAACUUUAUAAAGGAUCCGGAACAAAAUAACUCUACAAUUUAUCCUAGUGCUGAAGCUCGUAUUAUGGAUAGUCAUAGAAAUACAGAAAUUAUUUGCAUUUAUGCCCUGGGCUAUUUCAUAUGGGAUGCGUACAUUUCGUUUUGUUAUAGUGGGUUGCCUUUUGUAUUGCAUGGUGUUGUAUCAACAAUUGUUUAUUUCAUUGGAUUAAGGCCAUAUCUGCAAUUCUAUGCUCCAGUGUUUUUGAUAUUUGAAUUAUCAAAUCCUGCCUUGAAUAUCCGUUGGUUUAUGAAUAAAUAUAUUCCAAAGGAUACUAGCAAGCUCAUCAAAUGGACUCGUAUUGCUAAUAGUUUAUUAUUGUUGAUUACUUUUUUCAUUGGCCGAAUUGUUUGGGGCUGGUAUCAAAUUGGUGCUCUUUGUUGGGAUUUCUAUCAAGUUAGAAAUCAUCCAAACUUCAAACCAAUUGAUACAUAUAUCAUUGUAGGAGGUAAUUUGAUAUUAGAUGUAUUAAAUGCUAUUUGGUUCAGUUCUAUGGUGACCGUAGCUUAUAAAGUUAUAUCCGGAAAACAAGUGAAAAGAAAGUGA